UGUCAGCUGAUUUUUGUUUACAUUAUGCUCCGGUUUUGCGUUUUGCAGCAUAAUUUUGCUAGUUUGGAAAAUGAGUGAAAUUAACAAUUUUCCGCGGGAUAUUUGUCGAAUUUGCGAGGAUACAAAGUUCCUGAUUAAUAUUAUGUUGCCGGAGAAUCAACAUCUCUACAGGAAGCUCAGUGAAAUUGAAGGAAUUCAACUUGAUCAAGAUCAUGAAAACUAUGAAAAGUUCCACACAGUCUACAAAUUUAUUUGCACAGCCUGUGAAAAUAAUCUGGAAGGAAUGUACGAGUUCUGGAGUCAAUGCAUAAAUACUCGCAAAAAAUUAACUGAAUUGCAAUUUGGAAAAAUUCAGGGGAAAGAUGAGAAAGGAUUUGAGAUGGAAGUUGAUGUUAAAACAGAAGAUCCCUUUGAAGCCAUUGAACCCAUUGAGGCGAUCUCUCCAAGUGAUCCAUUGUCCUCUACCACGAUGCCAAUCGAUCCAAUUGACAUAAAGGAUGAAGAAGAGGAUGUUGAUGAAUACGAAGACUACCAAGUUCAAAGCUUCCCCGAGGAAGAACACAGAGAAUUCAUUGAGAUUCUCCAAAGCCAUCAUAUUUAUGAGAUGGACAUAGGCAUCCUUCCAACGAAGCAGUCUCCUGCUAAGAAGUUUCCAUGUCCGUACUGUGAAAAGUCAUUUAAUAAGAAAAUGACCCUAGAUCGACACAGGGUGACUCAUCAACAGGAUAAACAUCUCUGUGUUCAAUGUGAAAUGCGAUGCGAAGACAGGAAAAGUCUAAUCCGGCACAUACUGUGGGAUCAUGAAAAGCUGCGAAAGCAUUACUGCCAGAAAUGUAAUAGGAUGUUUGCAAGUGAGGACAUCCUGAAAACUCACAUGGCUACCCAUAUUACCCCCAAACGCUACAAACACACCUGUCCGGUUUGCACCAAAACAUUCGUACGUUUGGGUAUCCUUGAAGAUCACAUAAAGGCACACAAAUCCCAAGGAGUGGAUGUUGAAGGAGAAAUUCUGAGAUUAGCCAGGAAGGCUCAAAUGGAAUUCGUGCCAGAGAGUCAACGUCGUAAAAUGUGUGAUAAAUGCGGUGAGAUGUACACCGAUCCCAAAGCCUACAGACGUAAGAAGAAUCCAACAAGUGAGGAAAUUGCUUGUUGCGUGUGUCUGGAGAAGUUCAAGAGCCUCGAUGAUCUGAAAAGUCAUCUGGAUGUUCACAUGACCAGUAAACCCUUCAAGUGCGAUCUGUGCCACAAGGAGUUUAAGCAUAAGCACAAAAUGGGCUAUCACAGGCUAAUACAUACCGGGAACAAGCAGUUUCUAUGUGGAUACUGCGAAUAUGGCUUCACACGGAGUUUCGAACUAACAAAUCACCUAAAACUCUGUCAUGCUGAUCAAAUUCCAAACGAUAGUGAGAAUGACUCUACAGAUGACUCAACAACGGAAUCUUCCGUGAAGGAUACUACCGAUACUCUUGAAGAGGCUGAAAAUGGUUCUGCUGAGAAAUCUGCUUCAUUUCUCCAAAUUGAAGAUUAAAUUCAAACAAAACGCGUCAAGUUUUAAAUUUUUGAUCUCAAAGAAUGAUCCUAAAAAAAAUCAAAAUCGGAACUCUGUGCCCGAAAACGAAAUGCCAACAAAUUGAUUUAAUUAACUUUGAUCGUUUUGGUUCAAUGAAUUAUUAAAUUUUAAUUAAUUAAGGGUCAAACAAGUUAAUGAACUCAGAUAAAGCUUUAAAAGUACGUACAAAAGAGAAAAUACUUAAGUUAUAAGACCCCUCCCAUCACCCAAACCCAUUGAACAAAAUCUCGAAUAAAUCCCAUUUAUGUACAUAAUGAUAAUGAUUAAGUAUCUCAAUGUUGUAUUCCUACAAAUAUGCAACUGUAGCUGCUUUAUUCUUCAGUACAUUUUGGAAUACGUGGCCGUUCAAGUCGAUUAAAUUAAAAGCAAAAAAAAAUGUCUUUUACUUUUGAAAAAUUACUUAACGAGGAUUUAGUGAAGAAAGCUGAAUACUUUGAUACGCAGGAUUUCGUUCGUGUCCAUCAUUCACGUCGUCCGGAUGUUGAUCUCUCGGCAAAGUGGGGCCAUCAGCCCUUUUUCCUGCCAUCCCGACAUGUGGACAGUGUGGAGAAAAUUGAGGGCUUUGAGGUUCGUCAUGAAGAUGUCUACGUUCUGGGUUUCCCUAAAACCGGAACAACAUGGACACAGGAAAUGGUUUAUCAAAUUUGCAAUGAUUUAAUCUUUGAGAGGGAAAAGUGUGCCGAACUCUAUGAAAGAUCUCCAUACCUUGAAUGGGGAUCAAUUUUUAGUUUCAAAAAUAACACGGAAAAUAUGAAAAGUAUCGCAAAAUUGCCCUCUCCGCGCGUUAUUAAAUCACAUCUCGCCGCACCUCUGCUUCCAAAGGGAAUGUGGACGGUCAAGCCUAAAAUUGUCUAUGUUGGAAGGAACAUUAAGGACACGGCAAUUUCCUACUAUCAUCUCUACAGAAACGUUUUUGGCUACAAAAAAACUUUAGAGGACUUUUUGGAAGCUUUCCUUGAAGAUGCUAUUAUCUUUGGUCCUCUUGAUGCUCAUAUGAGUGAUUUUUGGAACAUGAAGGAUGAGGAAAAUAUUUUUUUCAUCACCUAUGAAGAUCUGAAACGAGAUCUUCCUGGAAUGAUUCGAAAGACUUCGAGUUUUCUUGGGAAGUCUCUCACUGAUCAGCAAGUAAAAAGUCUCGCGGAUCAUCUUUCCUUUGGGAAUAUGGCCAACAAUGAAUCCGUUAACUUUGACGGUCGUCUCGACGCUCUAUCGACUCUUACCAAAGCAGACAGAGAUUCCACCUUCAAGUUUAUGAGAAAGGGGAAAAUUGGCUCAUUCCGUGAAGAAAUGACUCCGGAAAUGAUCUCUAAAUACGAUAAAUGGAUCAAAGAGAGAAAUGCGGAGUUCAAAAGAGAUCCCGAAUUGCUGAAUAUUUUAUUGGCACAAAAAUGAAUAGUUUUGCAAACGUUUAAUUAAAGAAAUAAGAAAUAUUUUAUUAUUCUAAUUAUUUUUUCUGUAAGUUAAAAAAAAAUGUUUUUCGAUUUUGGUCUUCAGAAAAAUUAUAGAAAUUCAAGAAUAAUUACAAUGAUUAAAAAAAAUUCUGCGAUGUUUAGCGAUAAGAAAAUGAUAAGAAAUAUAAUUUGUGUUAUUGUUUACUUAGCAAAUUUAUUCAAAAAAAUAUCUUGAGAAUAAAAUCGUGUACAGAAUCAA